GUUGAAAGCACGGAGCUAUUUUCCAGAGAGCUACAGGUAUUGGAUAGGUGUUGGUGCUUUGCUGGGAUGCAUAGUUUUGUUGAAUCUCCUAUUCACAUUCUUUCUGGCUAACCUUAACCCUCUGGGGAAGCAUCAGGCUGUUUUCUCCAUGGAAGAGCUGCAAGAGAGAGACAGGAGAAUGAAGGGUGAAAACGUUGUUACUGAACUGAGAUAUUAUUUGCAGAAUUCAGCCUCACUAAAUGGAAUUGAAGCAACAAGGAAUAACGGAAGAGCGGUUGCAGUUGUUGGUCAAUGUUACUGGAGCAUUUAGACCUGGCGUGCUUACAGCUUUGGUUGGUGUCAGUGGUGCUGGUAAAACUACACUCAUGGAUGUUUUAGCUGGUCGAAAAACCGGAGGGGUCAUAGAAGGGAGCAUAAAUAUCUCUGGUUAUUCCAAACGUCAAGAAGCUUUUUCAAGAAUUUCAGGUUACUGUGAGCAGAAUGAUAUUCAUUCUCCUUGUAUGACUGUUCUGGAAUCGCUUCUAUUCUCUGCUUGGCUUCGGUUACCAUCAGGUGUUGGUGCCGAGACACAAAGGUAAUUAUAAAAGACCUCUCGUUUGCUUUUUUCAGUUUAAGUAUAUUUGGCAGCUUAGUCUAUCAUAUUGACUUAUCUAG